AUGUAUUCCAGUUCUACUAUCGAUCUGGUGAGGGAUUUUUAAGAGAUUAAUCAUAUAAAUAUUCAAAAUUCAUUAGCUAAAAAGUCAGCAGCUUAAACUGCUUAGGCUAGUUAAACCCACAAUAUUCAUCAUCAUCACAAUCAUCAUCAUCAUCACAAUCAUCAAAAAUCAUCAAGAAAAAAUUCUAACUCUUCAAAGUAAAGCGAUAAAAGCAACUCUCCAACUAAAGAAUUUGAUCUUAAAAGCUGCGCAAGCUAUUUGUCUGAGAAGCUUUAUACUCAGCUUGAUUAUGCUCCUUGGAGAGAAGAAAAGAAUAGUUUUUUGAAAAAGCUUAGGAGCUCUUUUGAUGAGUUUUUUGAUAGCGUAAACGAAAUGCUUGAAAGAAUAAUCAAGUAAUAAGAAACAUAGAGUCUUUUCGAAAAGCAUAAAGCAACUAUCAAAGUGAUCUCUUAAAAAGGCAACACAGCACAAGAAGAAGAUCUAAAUUUUUUUAAAAACCAAUGCUUAUCAGGUAAAUUGGAAAAGGAAUUACAAAUACUUUAGCAGAGUAAGUCUCUUAAAUAAAAUAUCUUAGCUAAUUUUUAUGCUGACAUAACCCGAUCGAUAGAAAACCUGAAAAAAACUGAUUUGGUUCUACUUGAAAAAUUAAAAUAACCGGAUUCAAUUAUAGCACAUGAACUACGAAGGGAACCAACUUUUGAGAAUAAUAGCAGUUUUUGUUUAUCUUCCCCAGCCAAGCUCAAGUUAAAAUCAUUAGAGAUUCCCCUUUCUUAAAAAAAUAACUCAAGACAAUCUUCAAUAGAUUCUUAAAUUUCUUUGAACAGUAAUGGAUCAGAUUGUAGUAAUUUUAGAUUGUCACAAUAAAUUGAAUCUCCAUUCAACUCACCACCCAAAACAAAAUCACCAAAUAUCCGCUCCAGAUUUAGAAAUAUGACUGCCUCUCCCUGUCUUACUCCAGUUUCUCCAUCUUCAGAUAACAUCCAACUAAAAUUUUAAAAUUCUCCUUAACUGUAAAGUUAAUCCUCCUCCUUUAAUUAAAAUUCACAUUGUUUUUAAGGCAAAAAAAUUUAUAAUUUUGAAUUCAGCUUGGAAGAAACUUAAAGCGUUCUAUUAAAAAACGAGAAUGAACUUAUAUUAAUAGGUGAACAAAUAAAAAUAUGGGAUAACAAACAAAGAAGAAUAACAUAUGAAAAAAAAAUAGAAUAAGUUCAUGAGCUAAAUGGUAAAAAGUAUUCAAUAGGAUGGGGCUAGUUCAGUGUUCUAGAUAACAAGCACGUUGUAAUAGGCAACAAUAAUACUAAAUAGAUUUUUCUCUUUUCAAUUAAUCCUUUCCAAUUGAUAAAAGUAUUAGAAGAAGAUAGGCAUCAUAAUCAUCAUCUCCAUAGCUCUCUGGAAUCUAUUUCUCCCUUGACUAGUCCUCCUCUUUCUUGCGGUUAGAGAUAAGCUACUAAUAAUUUUAACUUAUAUCCCACUGCUAAUCAUAAUGGCUCUUUAAAUCAAAUUGCUAAUUAAUAAAAUUAAAAUAGCCAGCAAAGUUUUGACUCAGUAAUAUCUGAAAUUGUUUUAUAGCAAGAAUUGUAAAAUUUAGCUCUAAACUAGCAAAACAGCGAAUUAGAUACAGAUAAUAACAAUGAUAAUAAUAAUAAUCAAUAAGAACGCACAUAUCGCUAAUAUGGACAUUUUAUCAAAGUGGAUGAAAAUAAGAUGGCUUGCUUGUGCAGCCACAAUAAAAUCUAAAUAUGGAAUAUAAAAACUCAUCAUCUUAUUCAUACUAUGAAAGCUGGAUCAUCUUAACAAAAAAUAAAUCGCAUAAUUAAAAUAAACAAUUCAACAAUCGCUUCUCACUGUGAGAGUGAUAACAAAAUUCGCUUAUGGAAUUUCUAAACUGGAAAAUAGCAAAGAAAGUCAAUUCAAUUGCCUACAAAAAUGAUAUAAAAUAUGUGGACAUUUAGAAACUGUUUGUACGUCGUUUCUUUUAAGAAUACAAUAUAUGUCUAUAACCUUAAUAGUCUCAAACUCAUUAAAUACCUUCAGUUACCAUUUUAAAUUGUUCUAAGCAAAUAGCUAAGUGAAGAUUACAUCAUUGGAGUUUAAAAUUACAAUGAAGUCUUCAUUCUAAGCCUAAAAGAUUUCACUUUCAAAAAAGUCAUAAAAAUGGAAUUUUAAAUUACAGAUAUAAUAAUUUUUAAUUCAAGAGUUUUUGCUACUUUCAAUAUAUGUUCAGAGUCCAGAAAAGGAAAAAUAGAAUACUUGUAAUGA